UUCUAUGAGGACGAAAAGUACGUAAGCGUUGUCUGUCCAAUUGUAGCUAAUUUUUCAAGCUCGCUACACGCGUCGACCAUGGCAUCCGUCGAGGAAUUGAGUGUCUCUGCCCUCGUAUACGACUAUUUAUUAAAAAAAGACGCGUCGUUGGCGAAAGUUUUUCAGAAGAAAACAAAAGCGCCUGUGUUACCGAAAGGAGCACCAACGAUUCAGGAGGUUUACCUAUAUUUUCAAAAAUCAUCUCCGAAAAAAUUAAACGUAAAAGCACAAGCUAAAGAGUCUAGUUCAGAUUCAAGUUCAGAGAGCGAAGAUGAAGCACCAAAGAAGGUUCCACAAAUAAAUGGCAAACCUACAGCUAAUGCUGUAGCGAACAAUCAACAAGAAUCUUCAGAGGAAUCUUCCAGUGAAGAUGAAAAGCCAGCAUCAAAAGUAACUGCAAAGGUUAAACCUACUGUUAAACCUCCAUCUAAGACACCCCCUGUAAAGAAAAAAGAGAGUUCUGAUGAAAGUUCUUCAGAAGAAGAGGAAACACCAAAAGUACAACAGAAACCAGUAGUAGCAUCUAAAGCAACGCCUAAAGCAGCACCUAAAGCAAAAAAGCAGUCGUCAGAUAGUGACUCUGAUUCAGACAGCGAAGAAGUGACCAAGACAAAAGUAACUGCAAAACCUGCUGCUAAACCAGCUGCAACACUGCAAACAAAAGCUAUAGCGAGUAAAAAAGAAUCUUCAAGCGAAGACAGUAGCGACAGUGAGGAACAAAGUCCAGUCAAACCAGUAUUAAAGAAACCACUGCCUGCUAAACCUACAACAGUAACACCUGCAAAGAAGAAAUCUUCAAGCGAUGAUUCCGAUGACUCCUCGGAAGAAGAGUCCACUAAACCAGUCACGGUAUCUACUCCAGUUGUUAAGAAUCUGGCACCUUCGAGCGACGAUUCUGACGAUUCUUCUGAAGAAACAACCACAACAAAAGCAUCGGCCGCGAAACAUGCUCAAAAAUCUGUGCAGGAGAAGAAGAAGCUUACUCAGAGUCAGAAAGAAGCAGUAAAACCUGGAAAACAAACUAAAGCUAUCCCGGCAAAACCAGUAGUUACACAGGAAGAAUCGUCAUCCAGCGAUGAUAGCAGCGAAGAAGAAAAACCGGCGGCUAAAAAGCCUGCUCCUCCUACGAAAGCAGCAGCAGCUGCAAAGAAAGCUCCUGCCAAGAAAGAAGAAUCUUCCAGCGAGGAUAGUAGCGAAGAAGAGGAAGCACCAGCUGUUAAAAAGCCAGCUCCAACACCUGCAAAGAAAGCUCCCGCUAAAAAAGAAGAAUCUUCGAGCGACGACAGCAGCGAAGAGGAACCACCAACCAAAAAGACCAAGGUGGCAGCACCAGCAAAACCUGCCGUUGCAGCGAAAAAGCAAAAGUCUUCUAGUGAAGAUUCAGACGAUUCCGACGAUUCUGACAAAAAACCAGCUACAAAAGUUGCAACACCAGUACCAGCAAAAGCUGCGAAGAAAGUACCAGUAGCGGCAAAGAAAGCAUCUUCUAGCUCGGAGGACUCAGACGAUUCCGAAGAUGAAAAGCCUGUAAAUACGACUGCAAAGACAAAUGUUAAAGCAAAAGCAAAUCCCAAAAAGGACUCGUCCAGUGAAGAUUCAGAUUCAUCAGAGGAUGAAAAACCAACAGCCGCGCCUAUAGCUAAAGCUGCCUCAAAACCAAAAGCAGCCAAGAAAGAUUCAGAUUCAGAUGAAAGUGACUCUGAAACGAAACAGGAGGUAACUCCGGCAAAGACGCCAGGAAAGGCUGAGAAAAGGAAACAUAAAGAGGUAGAACAGGAUGAAGACGACACAGAGAAGCCCCCAGUAAAAGCUCAAAAGAACAACUACAGCAAUUUCGUGAAAGCAGGCGCCAAUGUGAACGGUGAUAAGCAACAAAAAAAUUCCCCAUUCCGUCGAGUAAAGGACGAGGAUGUUUCAUUGGAUCCCAAAUGGGCUAACAAUUCGUUUGAGGCAAAGAGAGGCGCACGUGGUUCUUGGGGAGAGAAAGCAAAUCUGGAUCUCAAACAUACGAGAGGGAAAGCUUUUCGCCACGAAAAAACGAAGAAAAAGCGUGGUAGCUAUCGCGGCGGUCAAAUAGAUACUAGUAUCAAUUCCAUUAAGUUUGACGAUUGAUCAAGCACCUGUAUAAUAUAAAUGUUAUUAAUCGAUAUAUUUAUAUUAAGCGGAAGAUCAUACAAAUUUAAGAAUUUUUAAGUUCUGCUUGAGGGCCAUCAUCCAAUUAACAAUUAUAAAAUAAUACAGAGUUCAAAAAAAUAUUUUGCACUUUUUUUUUUUAUUUUACUCUAUUUUAACUGCUUCGAUAUAGACGUUUGCCGACAAAGUAAUUACGUGUAGAAUAUUUUUUUGCAUUCUGUAUUAUUAAAAUCAAUGUGUGUUGAUUUAGUAAUGUUUCUGCUUUUUCUUUUAAGCAACAUCAACGUAGUUGUCACUCGAUUAAUCGUAAGAUUACGUGGAACAGUGUAGGACUUCAACUGUAAUUAAUUCGAUUUUAAUGUGAUUGGCGUUAGUUCAUUUCCACGUAGUUUGUCUUUUCUAAACAAUUAGUAUCUACAAGACUGCGACUUUAAUUUGUGUCGAGUAUACCAAAAAAUUUUCAUAAAUUUCCACUGCUUAUUUGAAAUUCGUGAAGUAAGGCUUUACGAGUGCUACUUCGUUACUGACUAGCUACUGUAUUAUAGAUUAUUGGAUGUCUAUCGCAAUAUGUAACAUAUUUCCGUACAUUUAUCGUUCCUAACGAUGAAUAGGAAGUUCAGGAAAUAUCAUUUAUAUAUAUUAAUUAAUCCUCGUGUUUUUCUCGUUAUUACAAUCUAUUGAGAGAGGAUUUUCUACGGAAGCAUUAUCGAUAUGCGGUUUUAUAAUCUCGAUUAAAAAAAGCGUAUUGUGGUGGUUUCUUUGUAAUUAGCUAUAAGAAUUCCAACAAUGAAAAUGCAAUGACUUUUGCAGUGAUAAUACAUUCAAAAACCAUUGCAUUUACUAAAACAUGCAAUUUUCUGAGUUGAUAAUUUCAAUGGAAAUUAAAUGUCCGUCAAUGCAAAAAGAAUUUUUGUACACAUACAAGACAUUCUGUUGAUUAAGACCAAUCGAAUAAAGAAGUACACGCGUAACAAGAAA